AUGGAUGUGAGUACCGACCUGCUUGGCAUCAGGUGGAACGACGUCACGCCACAGCGCGAGCCCGAUUGUAGCGCGCGGAUCAGCUGCCGCAAGCAGCCGAUGCUGGCUGGGCGGGAGGCAAUCCCAAAGGUGCGCGGCAUCGGCGGACGCGUUUCGAUUCGGAGCGGGACGUUGCACUGCGCCUUCUGCACCAUCGACAAGGACGAGAAUGGAACCGUGUCGAUCGAGGAGUUCAAGCAGGCUUGUGAGGACGGCAAUGCCCUCGAUAUCGGUGCGCUGUUCGACGAGAUCGACAUGGACGGGAGCGGCUGCAUCGAGUACACCGAGUUCAUCGCAGCCUGCAUGGACCGUAAGAUCGAGGAGCACGAGAGCAUAUGCUGGUCGGCAUUCCAGGUCUUCGACCAGGACGGCAACGGGACCAUCAGCUACAACGAGCUCGCGGAGGUCAUGAAGACCGCCAGCAUGAAAGACACAUUCAGCGAGGAGCUCAUGGAUGAGCUUUGGACGCAGCUCCUCGACGGCGACACCGAUGUAGUCAGCCCUUCUCGCAAGGACCAGAGCAUCGACUUCGACCACUUCCUGGCGACCCUGCGCGGGGUCCGCGCGGCGUCCCUGGGGGCGAGCUCUCGGGCGGAGGCGCCCGCGGCGGAGGCGCCGGCGGCCGCGGGAGCCCUCGGCGGCGGCCUGCCCAUCGCGAGCCGUGGCCUGCCCAUCGCGAGGCGACAUGGGGGCGCCGCCGCUGCGCUGGGUCUCCCAGUCAAGAGCAGGUCCAGCCCAGGCGGCGUGCCCGGCCUGCCGGUGGCCAGCCGCGGCGGGGGCGGCGCGCCCGCCGCCGGCCCCGCGGGGGGCGGCCUGCCCGGCCUGCCCGUGGCGAGCCGCCGCCGCUGA